AUGGGCUUGUGCACGCUCUCGCACACGUUUAAUAGGUGUUACCCCGUGGCUGAGUUUGAGAGAAAAUACAAACGUCUUGGACUGAUUGGCAAAGGGGGCAGAGGGUCCGUCUACGCUGGCCUUCGCCUGGAGGAUUCAUUACCGGUGGCCAUCAAGUAUAUAAACAUGAGGAGAGCUCAAAUCAGACUGAGUGAAGUGGACAGUGUUCCCCUGGAGGUGGCUCUCAUGCAGAAGGCCGGAGGUGAGCCAAAUGCAGUCGGGGUGUUUGCUGCCGUCACCCUCCUGGACUGGUACCUUAUGGAUCAGGACCUGGUCAUUGUGAUGGAAAGGCCACCAGCAUCCAUGAAUCUUGUGGCUUACAUGUCCUGCAGAGGAGGUCGCCUGGAGGAAGACGUGGCCAGGAUUCUUAUGAAACAGAUGGUGGACGCUGCCAUAGACCUCCACAGCAAGGGGAUUUUCCACCAAGACUUAAAAUGUGAAAACACACUGGUGGAAAUGGGAUCCCAGGAGCCUCGCAUCCGGAUUAUUGAUUUCGGCUGUACUUUUGCAUUCGCCCCCCCGGAGUGGUUCAGCAGUAGGAAGUAUAGACCUUCUCCGACCACGGUUUGGCAGCUGGGAACCAUCCUGUAUCGCAUGCUGCACAGGUGUCACUUUGACACCAGACGUUUUACACGGGGCCUCAUUAAGUUCAACAAAGACAUUUCGCAAGAGUGCCUGAAUUUUCUGCAUCUGUGUUUGGAGGAGGACAGUAGCAGACGAGCCACCCUGGAGGAUCUGCGUGUUCAUUCCUGGCUCCUGUGA